GAAAAUUAAAGAUGGCGGCGUCCAUAAGCAAACCCACAUUUCUUCUUCGAUUAUCAAAUAUUCUUAAACGACAGACUAGUUCGUUUUUUGCUACAAAUACGCAAAUUUCAAAAACUGAGGAAGUCGUUGAAGACUCGGACGAAUUGGAUGCAUUGUAUCAGCGGUUAUUAGUAGAAUGCAAAGGAAAUGAGCCAGCAGUGUUAGAAAGUUACGAAAAAUUUAUAAGAUUAACAGCGGAAGAAUUAAAUUUGAAUCUAGUAUCUGUAGAAUCGCCUCCAAAAGUGUUUGAAAGGUGGACGGUUUUAAAAUCUGCCCAUGUUCACAAAAAACACCGAGCUCAAUAUGAAACUAGAACUUUUUUCAAGAACUUUGAGUUUAAACAUAUAACCGGUUCAACUGCUGACACUCUUCUAGAAUAUAUUCAAAGACAAUUGCCUGAAGGAAUAGUGAUGAAAGUUUCAAAAGAAGAACUCUUUAAAAUACCAGAAAAUUUUAGUAAAUUGAAGGAGAGAGCUUUGGAUAAAAGUCAUAAACAGAGUCAAGAAUAA